CUCCUCGGCGAGGGUCUGGGGGCAGAACCUGAGCCAGGCUGCCCUCCUGCUGCUGCGGCGGCCUGGGGCUCGGGGGUUGGCUAGAUCUGACCUUGGCGCUUUCGAGGCGGGCGCGGUGCCACUGAGCUAAAUCCUCGGCCCUCCGCUAUUUCCAGUUUUGAAAUGAAUUGCCACCCCUCCAGGCAGCAGCAGCAGCAGGCCUUCUCCUCCCUGGAUGACAAACCCCAGUUCCCAGGGGCCUCGGCGGAGUUCAUAGACAAGCUCGAGUUCAUCCAGCCCAAUGUCAUCUCUGGCAUCCCCAUCUACCGUGUCAUGGACCGCCAAGGCCAGAUCAUCAACCCCAGCGAGGACCCCCACCUGCCGCAGGAGAAGGUGCUGAAGUUCUACAGGAGUAUGACCCUGCUCAACACCAUGGACCGCAUCCUCUAUGAGUCCCAGCGGCAGGGCCGGAUCUCCUUCUACAUGACCAACUAUGGAGAGGAGGGGACGCACGUGGGCAGUGCAGCUGCCCUGGACAGCACCGACCUUGUGUUUGGCCAGUACCGGGAAGCAGGUGUGCUGAUGUACCGGGACUACCCGCUGGAGCUGUUCAUGGCCCAGUGCUACGGCAACAUGAGUGACCCGGGUAAGGGCCGCCAGAUGCCCGUGCACUACGGCUGCAAGGAGCGCCACUUUGUCACCAUCUCCUCUCCGCUGGCCACACAGAUCCCUCAGGCUGUCGGGGCAGCCUAUGCGGCCAAGCGGGCCAACGCCAACAGGAUUGUCAUCUGUUAUUUUGGUGAGGGGGCGGCCAGCGAGGGGGAUGCCCAUGCUGGCUUUAACUUUGCCGCCACCCUCGAGUGCCCCAUCAUCUUCUUCUGCCGGAACAAUGGCUAUGCCAUCUCCACGCCCACCUAUGAGCAGUACCGCGGGGAUGGCAUCGCGGCCCGAGGCCCUGGGUAUGGCAUCAUGUCCAUCCGCGUGGAUGGCAACGACGUGUUCGCCGUGUACAACGCCACCAAGGAGGCCCGGCGGCGGGCCGUGGCAGAGAACCAGCCCUUCCUCAUCGAAGCCAUGACCUACAGGAUCGGGCACCACAGCACCAGUGACGACAGCUCGGCGUACCGCUCGGUGGAUGAGGUGAACUACUGGGACAAGCAGGACCAUCCCAUCUCACGGCUGAGGCACUACCUGCUGAGCCGCAGCUGGUGGGAUGAGGAGCAAGAGAAGGCCUGGCGGAAACAGUCGCGCAAGAAGGUGAUGGAAGCCUUCGAGCAGGCCGAGCGAAAGCUGAAGCCCAACCCCAACCUGCUCUUCUCCGAUGUGUACCAGGAGAUGCCUGCCCAGCUCCGAAAGCAGCAGGAGUCUCUGGCCCAGCACCUGCAGACCUAUGGGGAGCACUAUCCCCUGGACCACUUUGACAAGUGAGGCCCCAGCUACCCUGAGGGGUAGCUCUGCUCUGAGUGGAGUUGGGAGGGCUGACAGGAUGUUCCCCCUUCCCCAGCCAUCUCCUCUAAAAGAGGCCAGGGUGACACCCCAGCCUGUAGUGGUGAGGCUCCAGCACCCUGCCCCUGAUGCUUCAAGCUCUUAUACUUUGGGGCCAGUGUUUCCAGAGUUGCUGAGGCUUGGUCAGCCCCCUUCACCUGCUGUUACAGUGCCUUCUCCCAGGGGCUGGGCAAGGCCCUCAGAUCGGAAGCCCCUCCGCUGGCCGGAUGGACAGUCAGCAGAGUGAAUAAACUGUGGCUCUGCAUUUGACUCUUUACCUCCUCUGGUCCGUUUCCUGGAAUUUGGGGGUCACAGCAGAGUCUAGCAUGAUUGAUUUGGGACAUCUCCAGACCUCCACUUUAGAUAAAUAAGGCCAAAACCAUUGGGAUGCCUACGUCCCCCGGAAACAUUUGCUGCUUCAGCA